AUGGAGGAUUCCCUCUACCCUCCAACUCCAAGUUCCCAGCAACAUCUUCUUGAACAUAGGGAAGAGACAGAGACAGAACAUCCUAGUUCCAAAACCAAAUCACGUAAGAAGCUAGCUCUUCUGCCUCUGGUUUUUCUCAUCUAUUUUGAGGUUGCUGGUGGACCCUAUGGUGAAGAAUCUGCAGUGGGUGCUGCAGGUCCUCUCUUUGCCAUCAUUGGCUUUGUGGUGUUCCCUUUCAUUUGGAGUAUCCCAGAGGCUCUUUUAACUGCAGAAUUGGCCACAACCUUCCCUGGCAAUGGUGGCUUUGUUAUAUGGGCUAAUGAAGCCUAUGGUCCCUUUUGGGGAUCCCUCAUGGGGUUCUGGAAGUUCUUCAGUGGGGUCAUAAACUUAGCCUCAUACCCGGUUCUCUGUAUAGACUAUCUCAAAUUGGUAAUUCCAGCUUUGUCUUCUGGUUUACCUCGUUAUGUGUCCAUAUUCAUAUCCACUUCUGUGCUAUCUUUUCUGAAUUAUUCUGGUUUAGCAAUAGUUGGUUAUACUGCAGUUGCUCUAGGAAUUAUUUCCCUUUUACCUUUUGUGUUGCUGUCUUUGAUUUCAUUGCCUAAAAUUGAUCCCAGUAGAUGGCUGAGUUUGGGUCAGGAAGGGGUGAAGAAGGAUUGGACUCUGUACUUCAACACCAUAUUUUGGAACUUGAACUUUUGGGACAGUGCUAGUACUUUAGCUGGUGAAGUUGAGAAACCCCAUAAAACAUUCCCAAAAGCUUUGUUAUUUGCUGGGUUGCUUACUUGUUUAGCUUAUAUAAUUCCUUUACUGGCUGCCACUGGGGCCAUGCCACUUGAUCAACAAAAUUGGGUUGGUGGGUAUUUUGCAGAUGUGGCUGGGGUGAUUGCUGGGAAUUGGUUGAAAAUUUGGAUGGAAAUUGGUGCUGUUUUGUCAAUUAUUGGGUUGUAUGAAGCUCAAUUAAGCAGUGCUGCAUACCAGCUUCUGGGUAUGGCAGAUUUAGGAUUUAUACCAAGAAUUUUUGGUGAAAGAUCAAGGUGGUUUAAUACUCCUUGGAUGGCCAUUUUGAUCUCAACAGUUGUAGCAAUUGCCAUGUCCUUCUUCACUUUCACAGAGAUCAUAUCUACAGUUAAUUUCUUGUACAGUUUGGGGAUGCUUUUGGAGUUUGCAUCUUUCCUUCGGUUGAGGAGAAAAUUCCCAACUUUAAAAAGGCCAUUUGAGGUUCCUUUGGGAUUCCUGGGUCUAGUCCUAAUGUGCUUGGUGCCAUCUGUGCUUUUGGUCUAUGUGAUGACUAUUGCUACCAAAAUUGUUUAUGUAGCUAGUGCUUUCUUGACCUCUUUUGGGAUUGUGUUAUAUUAUUUCAUGAAUCUUUGCAAGUCCAAGGAGUGGAUUGAGUUCAGCCGCGUUGGAGAUAAAUUAGAUGAAGAUGAUGAUGAUGAUAUUUUAUAAAAAUUGUGUAUGAUAUGAUUGUUGUUGCUGUUGUGAUGAUUACUAUUUAGGGUGAAGCAGAUUGGGUAGUAAAUUUAUUGGGAGUGGAUCCUCUCACGUGAAAAAGUGGUCAUGUGGUCAUGUCAUUUGAUCACAACCACUAACCACUCAUUAAUAAUGAGAUAAGAAAGAGAAAAAUGUAUAAUUUUUAAAUGAGUGGUUGUGAUCAAAUAACAUGAUCACAUGACCAUUUUUUCACAUGAGAAGAUCCACUCCCAAAUUUAUUUAUGUGAAUAUUCAUUUGGGGUUGAAGAAUCGGUUAGUUGUAUUGUAAUUUGUAAAGUAUAUUUGUU